GGGAACGGGGUCUGGAGGGGGAUGGCCCCGGAGGGUCUGGGGAAGGGGGGAGCACGAGAAAGGGGUCAGAAAGUUGCAGUGCCCGCGCGGGGGCUGUGAGGGAAUCCUGGGCCUCCCCGGAGGGCCUGAGCGGUGAUAAGGAGAGGGUCCCAGGAGGUCUGGUGCAGAGAGAUGGACCCAGAGAGUCAGGGUCAGGUAGAGGAGGGGCCCAAAUUCUUCAGUGUUCUUGGAAGAACAGAAUGAGAGAGAAGGGUCCCAGACGUGGGAUCUCUCCAGAAGGCCUGUAGGGCUAGGGGUGAUGGAGAGGAGGGCUCUCACUUUCGGGGUGUCUCAUGGUGGGUAUUGCUAGGGCAAGGCAGGAGGACAGUGGGAUUGGGGCUGCCACAGGUGGAGCUGCAGCCCCAGGGAGCACAGACUCAGCAGAUGGUGUGGAGUGUGGGGAUUUCCUGGGGAUGGAGGUGCUGGGAGCAGGUUUCCUUGCGUGAGGGACCCUCUUCAGGAGCACAGUGGAGCCCCACAGCCGUUGACCAGAGGUGCCUGGCACUGAUGUCCUUGCUGGCUGCCCUGCAGGUGGCUUCGGCAGCAUGAGUGUGUGGAGAAGCUCAAUAUGCACGCCAUUCUGAGUGCCUCCACGGGUCAGGAGCAGCUCCUCACUGAGCUGCUGGUCACCUACACCAAGAUUCCUGUUCUCAUUGGGGAAUUGAUUUCUGUGGAGAUCUGGAAGCAUAAGAUCUUUCCUGUGCUGUGCCGGCUGGAGGACUUCAAGCCCAGAAGCACCUUCCCCAUCUAUGUGGUGCUGCACCAUGAAGCCUCCAUAAUUAACCUCUUGGAGACGGUCUUUUUUUACAAGGAGGUCUGUGAAUCGGCAGAGGACAGCAUUCUGGAUUUAACUGAUUAUUGCCAUCGGAAAUUGACCUUGCUUGCAGCUCAGAGCGCCAACAGACAGACAGUGACCCCAGCGGAGCUUCCUCCUGAGGAUCUGGCCAGUCUCUCAUCCAUGCAGGAGCUGCAAAAGCAAGCGGAGGUGAUGGAGUUUGAGAUCUCCCUGAAAGCUCUGUCUGUGCUGCGGUUCAUCACCGAUCAGGUGGAGAGCCUGCCCCCGAGUGUGCUGACACGGAUGCUGAACACUCACAAUCUACCCUGCCUCCUUGUCGAGCUGGUGGAGCAUUGCCCCUGGAGCCGCUGGGAAGCAGGCAAAUUCAAGAAGUUUGAGAAUGGUACAUGGCACCUGGUGUCCCCUGAAGACCAGGUGAAGAUGACCAAACUUGAUGGGCAGGUGUGGCUUGCCCUCCUCAACCUCCUGCUCAGCCCUGAAUGCCAGCGCAAAUACCACUUUGAUGGCUUCAACAAGAGCCAGCUCCUCAAGCUCCGUGCAUUCCUGACAGAUGUCCUCAUUGACCAGCUGCCCAACUUGGUGGAGAUGCAGAGAUUUCUGAGCUACCUUGCAGUAACAGAGCCAGCUCCCGCAAAAAAGCAUCUUGUCCUCGAGGAGCUCAGCUCAGGAGAGAUGAUGCCCUGGCAAAGCAGCCAAGUACCCAUUUCACAGGUUCCUGUCAUCUGGGACCAUGUCAUCAAGAAAAACAUGGGGAAGUGGGAGGCCAUCGCCAGGCACCAGGUGAAGUGUGUCUUCAGCCCCACUGAGGAGGAGCUGAAGCUCCAUGCACACAGGUGGACACAGCUCUACAGCCUGGACAUAAUGGAGGCUCUAGCCCCUGACAAGCCCCACUGCAGGGUGUGUGGUGCAGAGGCAACCAAGCGGUGCUCUCGCUGCCAGAACGAAUGGUACUGCACACGGGCAUGCCAGGUCCAGCACUGGCAGAAGCACAAGGCUGCCUGCAACCUGAUGGCUGGGGCACUGAAGAGUGUGGAUGGCCUGUAAGAGAAGCAGGGACUGGCAUCUGCCCCGCAGGUCAGCAAGGCAAAGGUAUAACCCCUGCUUGCAGCCAAGUAAAAAUGGAAAGAAGCCAAAAAAGGCCCCUCUGCUUGACCUCAGUCCCAGGCAAUGCUGACUGGUCUCAGCCUCUCACACCACCCCACUCUGCAGCCUUCUCUAAUAGACCUCCUUGUGCACCUUA